GCGCAAGAGGCGGGCGGCGCUCGGGACGUCGGGUCGAGGAAGGGGUGGCAGCGGCGGCGGCUCGAGCGAGCCUCUUCGUUCCUGCUCCGGCAGGGCUGGAGCCGGGAGCGGCAGGGUUGGCGGCCAGCCUGCCGGACGAUGUCCCCGGCCGCGGGGCAGAGCGGUGCCCGGUGGCGGCGGCGGCUGCUGCUGGCGCUGCUGCUGCUGGCGGCGCUGAAGGCGGCGCGCGGUUUCGGCGACGAAGAGGAGCGCCGCUGCGAUGCCAUCCGCAUCUCCAUGUGCCAGAACCUGGGCUACAACGUCACCAAGAUGCCCAACCUGGUGGGCAGCCAGUUCCAGACCGACGCCGAGCUCCAGUUGACCACCUUCACCCCGCUCAUCCAGUACGGCUGCUCCAGCCAGCUGCAGUUCUUCCUUUGCUCUGUCUACGUCCCCAUGUGCACAGAGAAAAUCAACAUCCCGAUUGGCCCCUGUGGCGGCAUGUGCCUCUCCGUCAAAAGGCGAUGUGAGCCAGUCCUGAAAGAAUUUGGUUUCUCCUGGCCAGAAAACUUGAAUUGCAGCAAGUUUCCCCCGCAGAACGACCACAAUCACAUGUGCAUGGAGGGACCAGGGGACGAAGAGGUCCCCCUCCACAGCAAAGCCCCCUUGCAUCCUGGAGAGGAAUGCCAGAGUGUUGGAUCUAACUCAGACCAGUAUAUCUGGGUCCGGAGGAGCUUGAACUGUGUCCUCAAGUGUGGCUACGAUGCUGGCCUCUACAGCCGGUCCGCCAAGGCGUUCACCGACAUCUGGAUGGCCGUGUGGGCGAGCCUCUGUUUCAUUUCCACCGCCUUCACGGUCCUGACCUUUCUGAUUGAUUCCACUCGGUUUUCCUACCCGGAGCGGCCCAUCAUAUUCCUGAGCAUGUGCUACAAUAUUUAUAGCAUUGCUUAUAUUGUCCGGCUGACUGUAGGCCGAGAAAGGAUUUCCUGUGACUUUGACGAGGCAGUAGAACCUGUCCUCAUCCAGGAGGGCCUCAAGAACACAGGAUGUGCUAUAAUCUUUUUGCUGAUGUACUUUUUUGGCAUGGCGAGCUCCAUCUGGUGGGUGAUUCUGACCCUGACAUGGUUUCUAGCAGCUGGACUCAAGUGGGGCCACGAGGCCAUUGAAAUGCACAGCUCCUAUUUCCAUAUUGCCGCUUGGGCUAUCCCUGCGGUGAAGACCAUCGUCAUCCUGAUCAUGCGGUUGGUCGAUGCCGAUGAGCUGACGGGGCUGUGCUACGUGGGCAACCAGAACCUUGAUGCCUUAACAGGCUUUGUGGUGGCUCCUCUUUUCACCUACUUGGUUAUUGGGACUCUCUUCAUUGCUGCCGGGUUAGUGGCUUUGUUUAAGAUCAGGUCCAACCUUCAAAAGGAUGGGACCAAAACUGACAAGCUGGAAAGGCUGAUGGUGAAGAUUGGGGUAUUUUCGGUGCUAUACACCGUGCCUGCCACGUGCGUCAUUGCCUGCUAUUUCUAUGAGAUCUCCAACUGGGGGAUCUUCCGCUACUCAGCAGAUGCCUCCAACAUGGCUGUGGAAAUGCUUAAGAUUUUUAUGUCCCUGCUUGUGGGCAUCACAUCAGGCAUGUGGAUUUGGUCGGCCAAGACGCUACACACUUGGCAAAAGUGCUCAAAUAGACUGGUGAAUUCAGGGAGGGUAAAACGGGGAGCGAAGAGAGCAGAUGGGUGGGUGAAGCCUGGGAAAGGGAAUGAGACAGUGGUAUAAAGGAAGCUCAGAAACAGGCAAAUUGUCUUUCCUUCUCCUCCCCAAUGCAAGAUGAGCUGGUGGGACAGGAGCAUUCGAAGCAGGAAUGUUGGAGUGAAUCCUUUAAUGGGAAAAGGAACCAUAUAUGAAUUUGGCAGAAUUUCGGAGGAGAGGAGGAGAGCAGCAGAAGCAAGGAGGAUUGACCAGACUGGGGGAAAAAGCACAACUUCUAAAAAUGAAGCAAGGCAGCUUGCAGUGGCUUCACAAAGCUGUGAAUGCAAACAGUGGAGCCUCUUGGAUUUCUAUCAGCGAGACGUGUUUUUAAGAUUCAUGGGACAUUGCGCCUCCUGAUAACGCACAGUGUGCCUUCUCUCACUCCCAUUCUUUCCCUGUCCUGUCCCAACUCACGUUUAUCACUGUCUUGUAAAGUAGUGCAAGAGGAAAAAAUGAAGGGGAAGGAAUUCAAAGGGUAAUCAUUUUGCUGGAUCCAGGGGGAAGUUGAAAUUUAGAAUCCAAAGUCUCUCAAACUGGAAAGUGAUGUUCAGUUUGAUGUCCAAGCUCUUGGAGAUGGCAGAAAGUUGCAGCGUAGUGUGCAGGCUUUGGAGCUCUGCCGAAUCCUUCAAACAGAAACCAGGGAAAGUUCUGAGGUGGACGCCAAGGCCAUUUGCCUUCCGCUUCCAUCUACUAAAUAUGAUAAUGGUUUCAGGCUGCAUUUGGGGUGAGGAAACAAACAUGGAAGGGAAACAGGAUCUGUUUCUAAUCACGAUGACCCCCAGAAUGACAAAACAUGUGUCGUCAAGAUGUCACAAUGCAAAAGGUAAGGUCACCAAGCACAUAAAACCCUUGCCCUGAUAGAUUUAUUUUGGUGAGAAAACAAAGAAACUUUAAAUACAAAUAGUCACAGACCACACCAUGGAUGAGCAUUCUUUUCAUAUUCAGUGGCAACAGCUACUUAACAAGUUUAACCCCCAAGGAUCACAGGAAGAUAGCAGUGACAACAUGACCCCCUGCAGGGGCGAGGCUGGUUUUCAGAUGCUUGGGGAGAUUUUGAGAGGUGGGGAAGUUUUUUUUAAAAAAAAAAUAAGCAAGAAGCUUAGUGCACCUAUUUUACUUCUUAAUUUGACUUCCAUGUCUCACACAGCCACUAAAAAGUUGCUGGCGGAAGUUUGGCCCAGGAAUUAAACCUCUAGCCUAAACGAUUGAGGCGGUGGCUUAACACUUUCCAAGAAAUUGAACAAUUCUUCCUUUUUUGUACUAAUUCCUUGGCUUUAACAAA